UGGCGAUUGCGACGACUGGCGCCGAACGCCGAUUCCCCAACUCACCGGAGACGUGUGCUUGUGUGGGUGUAUGUGUGUCUGUGUGUGUGUUUGGCGUGUGUGGGGUAGGAGAGAAGUGAAGCGACCGCGUUGAAGUAAAAUUGCUGAAAGGAAAACACUGCAAACGUAAGAGUAAAACUUACAAUCGGAAGCAAGACAAAACCAAACAAACUAAUACAUAAUGUUGAAGACAAAACAAAAACAAAACAAAAGAAAAGAAAAGCAAAACGCACACCACAGUAAUCAUUUCGUAUGCCGAAGCCGAAGGAGGGAAACAUUAUUGAACAUUAUUGUGGCUAAUGGUGUAAAGAAAAGAAGAAAACUUAAAUGAAGCAAUUAAUAUAAAAAAGGAACAAAAAGGAGAAAGCUGGUAGCACAAGGCAGCGAAGAAAAAGCGGAGUGACCGAACGGGAUAAGGUAGCAAAUCAGUGAUCACGCCCGCAAGAGACACGCAGCCAGAGAGAGCCACGUACAGUAAUAUCACAGUAGCGAUCAUUUAGGGAUUCGACUGUAUUUAUACAUGGCGCCGCCUAAGCAAACCUUUCUCGUGAGCACACAUAUAAACACACACACAUACACAUCUCCACAGACACACACACGAACAGGACAAUGAUAGUGUGUAAAUCGAUGAUAGAAGUCGUAGACAUACUAACAGAGGGCAUAACCGAAAGCGGAAGCGAAAGCGACGGUAGUGAAAUUUUCAAAUUCAAAGUGCGGCUGCCUUUGCAUUAGAAACACACUCAGUGCAUUGCAUGCAAAACCAUUCGCUGAUAGUGCGGUGGAUAAACGGCGGAAUGAUUGAUUUGACGCGAAAUCAUCACCAUCAUCGUGUAGCGGCAACAAUAGUGUGUAUGUGGCCACGGUAGCAUCGUUGUUAUGAUGAACAAAACAUUUAACAUUUAACUGGAAACCCGCGGGUGGAAGCGCGCGAUUUAGAGAGCGAUCGGGGACGAGGUGAAGGUGUGAACGAAAGCGAAUGUUUAAGGAAUUCACUAAUAUAAUCGAUAAAACAAGAAAUUCCUCCUCCUCCCAUCCCCCCAAAAAGCACAAAGAGCCAACAACCUUUAAACGAAACAAAAAAGUAACAUAGAGAAACCAAAACAAAAGGGAAAGAAUUGAAAGGAGACAAAAAAAAAAGAAUGAAACCAAACAUAAACACACUAACGACGAGGAUGUUUGCUAGUUGUUCACGAUUCCUUCCAGCAUCCCGGCGCAUCCACUCCCGAUUGAAAGCUCCUCCCAGCAGGCCACAACGCAAAUGCCCCUAAAAAGGAUCCUCUCCUCUAUUCGCACCAGUAUUAAAAAAAAAAGAAUGUAAGAAUUCAAACAUGGAGAAUAACUAGGAAAGGAGAGAUAAAGAAAGAGAGAGAGAGAGAGAGAGAUAGAGAGAGAGAAGAAUGAACCGAAGAGAGAGAGAGAGAGAGAGAGAGAGAGAGAGAGAGAGAGAAGAAUGAACCGAAGAGAAGAGAAAGGAAAAUACAAAUAUUUCAACGGACAUAAGAUAAAGCAAACUUAAAAAAAAUAUCCACCCACCACCAUAUGCGUUACUGGUAUAUGGCCGUGCAAAGGGGGAAAAAAGUAAAAAAAAAAUCACACAAACAACACACAGAAACAGUCACAGAAACACUAAAAACGGGAUGCCAGAUGGUGGGCGCAAGUAAUAAUAUAUAUUAUAUUAUUGGUAAUGAGCCCCGGGAAUGGUGGGUGGUGCGUCUCCCAACGCAGGGGCUAUCUAAUCAGAGGGUGAAAGAUGAACGCAACCCUACAAAAAAGGGCAAACUAUUUAAUGCAAUAAUUCAUUUUGCUCGUGGGAUCAUGAUUUGGUAAAAUAGUUGUUGAAAAAAAAACAAACGUACAGCGAGAGGCCACCGGUGGACAGACUCUUCCGGAUUUUCCCUUUCUCCCUCCUCUCUUUGCCUUGCUCUCUCCCUCUCGCUCUCGCUGGUGGUAAGGCUGGCGAGGUAGAGGCGGGAAUGUCUGUUGGUAGGUUAAUUAUCAGCUGAGUUAAGGAUAUUUUUGCGUGCUCGUUUCGGAUUCGUCCGGAUUUUCGGUUCGGAAUAGCGAUAGAGAAGAGAGGUCCUGGUGGUGGCGGUUCUUGGGUCGAUCAUGGGAUUAAGGGGAGUGAGCGACAUGGCCCAUCGAGUAGUAGAGGCAUUUAUCGAAUCGAAAUCCAAUAGUUACUCGAUGUCCCUAGGCAUACCCGCAUGCACACCUAUUACCUGAGUAGCUGUGUAUGUGCGUGCGUGCGUGCGUGUGUAUAUUUGUAUGUGUGUAGGUGUGUAUGUGUGCG